AUGCAGGUCAAGGGUGAGAGCAAGACGUUCAACCUCGAGGAGAUCUCGUCCAUGGAGCUGGGCGAGGUGGUUGAGGCCUUCAUCACCAAGGGAUCCGAGGACGCUAUCUCAAUGGCUCGCACCAUCGAGCCACCAAGGAUGCCGGCGCCAUCGCUGGCCUAA